UUUUCUUCCGCGCCUUUCUGUUACUUGCUCUUACAAUUGUUUUAAUCAAACCACAAACAAAAAAACCCAAUCCUAAUUUCCAGAAUCCUAAUCAGAAGAAAGACAAGAACAAGAACGAGAAGAAAAUAUGUCUUCACUUGCCGCUGCUAGAGCAGAUAACUUUUACUAUCCUCCAGAAUGGGACCCAAGUCAGGGCUCUUUGAACAAGUUUCAUGGUCAACAUGCUUUGAGAGAGAGGGCAAGGAAAAUAGAUCAAGGCAUUUUGAUCAUAAGGUUCGAAAUGCCUUUCAAUGUUUGGUGUGGUGGAUGCAAUUCUAUGAUAGCGAAAGGUGUACGGUUCAACUCUGAAAAAAAGCAAGUGGGAAAUUACUAUUCUACGAAGAUAUGGAGCUUUACCAUGAAGUCUGCUUGCUGUAAACAUGAGAUCAUCAUUCAGACAGACCCGAAAAAUUGUGAGUAUGUGAUCAUUAGUGGGGCUCAGCGGAAAACUGAAGUGUUUGAUGUUGGGGACGCAGAGACGUUAGAACUUCCUGGUGAUGAAGAAAGAGGCAAGCUGGCAGAUCCAUUUUAUCGUCUUGAGCAUGAGGAAGAGGAUUUGCAGAAGAAGAAAGAAGCUGAACCAAUACUAGUUCGCCUUCAACGAGUGUCUGAUGCCAGGCAUUCAGAUGACUAUGCGCUCAACAAAUCUCUCCGUGGCAAACUUAGAAGUCAAAAGAAGAGGGUCUUUGAAGAAGAAUCUGCUUCCAGGAAGAUGGGCCUUAGCGUUCGACUCCUUCCAAGAAGCAAAGAAGAUGCCGCUGCAGCUGCUGGAGUCAAAUUUUCUUCCAAGUUUGACAGAAAUAGGAAAGAUAAACGAGCAUUGAUUAAAGCUGCUUCAAUCUUCGCUGGAUCAUCUGGGUCCUCCACGUCUGAUAAGAAAAGGUUGGAGCUGGAGUCUAAGAGAAGAAAAAUCUGUGCAGCUGCAGCUUCUAACUUGCUGACAGGGGGAUUCAAGCCAUCGUCAUGGUCCGAAAAUGCUGCGAAGAAGAGUGCAUCAAUGAAUACACGAAAGUUUUAGCUUGAAUUUUCAGACUGUUAUUUGGAUUCACAUAAGCUUAUUUGUAAGGCAGCAGGGAUAGAUAGACUCUAGUCCCUGGGUUUUCUUGUACGAGAUUGUGGUGGAGCGUGUAUAUAAAAUAAAAUAAAAUAAAUACAUGUACUGCAAAUUAACUCUAUUCCCGCCUCCGGCUUGAAGCGAUCUAUCUGUUCUGUGGUCAUAACAAAUGGGGUGAUGUAUAAUGGAUGAAUGGAUAUUUUUGCUUCACAUACCAUU